AUGGAUCGGCUCGACGGCUCCACGCGGGAGGCAGCGAGCGGCGACGAUUCGGGGCGCAAUCGGAGCGCCAGCGGGGGGCCGCUGGCCGCCUUGGGGGACCGCCGCCAGUGCGGCGACUAUGUACUGGACGCCAGCGUGGAGGAUGGCGAGGAGGGGCGGGCGGUGUACAAGGCGAUGCACAGGCUGCGCGGCCACAUGGUGCUCCUGGAGAUGAUCUCGAGCAUGCCGUCGCUGUCACAUAACCUGCGCACGGCCCACGAGACUCUGGCGCCGAUCGUGCAAAGCCUGAGGAGGAUGCGUCACCAGAACGUGCGCAACAUCCUGGACUGGUUCUGGGCCGGGGAUCGGAUAGUGGCCUGCUACGAGUGGGAGGGGGGUGCCUGGCUGGACGAGGUGGUGAGGGUGUACGGCCCGCUGGACGAGCGGCUCGCGCGGAAGUUCAUCUCCCAGGUGGCGCAGGGCCUCAAGUGCCUGCACACGCUGGGGCACUACGUCAGCGUGGGCAGGUUCAAUGUCACCGUGGCGUCCGGCCAGGCCAAGAUCGCGGUCUCAGCCCUUGACCUGCUGCCCAGGGAGGGCGGCAGGGCCGUGAGCGAGGCCAGCCUGCGCCACCUGGCGCUGGGGCUGCUCAGGGGACAGAAGUCGUCAGAUGCUGCAGAACUUUGCAAGUUGUGUGAGGACGGGGCGGGACUGGAGGAGAUCUGCGCGUUCCUGAACCGGGGGCGCUGGGGGUGCAAGAGGGGGGGCUGGGCGCGGGUGUCAGGCCUGGAGCAGAUGUUCAAGAAGCCCAGGCUGGCGGUUGGCAGUGAGCCACUGAGUCAGGCAGAGAGCCUAGGGGUGUCGGUUGCCCCCAUCAGGCAGACUGGCUUGCAUGGCUCGGAGCACCAUGUGCAGGCAUGCCUCGUUGGGCAUGCUGAUGAUGCAAGCGCAUCUUCGAAGCCAUCGACGCCCCCUGCCCAGCCUGCACCGGCGCUGCCACGGAACGUGUCGGAUGAGGAGCACAGGAUGGGGCCCGGCGAGACAUGUGGAGCAUGUGAGGAUUUAUCAAGAGGUGGCUCAGCACACACAAAUUCUAUAGCGCAGGCAUUAGACAGGUUCUCAGAGGAUCCCAGGCAGGCGUCUCGCCAAAACGAUUGUUUGAGAGGGGAGCCUGAACUUUGCAGUGAAGCAACACCAGGUGUAAAUGCAGUAACGGGGAAGGAGGUGGAGGUACAAUUAGAAGCAGAAGAAAUGUCGGACGUUAUGGGCACUGUGAACCAUGCCCAUCAUGAGCCUCCCUACACCUCCAUGGUGAUCGACCUCUGCUCUUUGGACUCCGACAGUGGCACUGAUGGCGAUGGGAGGGAGGACUGCUUGGGUGCUGUGGGCUGUGCGCCUGCCUGUUCUGCGGAUCAGCAAUGCACCUCAGUGGCUGUGACACCUGGCAGCACAGCAGCACCUAUCCCCUGUGCACCAGUGCGGUCUGGGACGCUGGUGAAGGGGAAGGCAAAGUGCUUCGAGGAAGAUGGUGCAGGUUGCGCCUGCAGACAAGGUUUCAGUGGCUACGAGCUCACGACCUGUGGCCGCCCAAAGCGGAAGGCCAGUCAGGUGGGAAGUGACUUUCUCAUCGCAAUGCAACUGGACGAAAAACUGAACAGGGAGAAAAAAGGUGGGAACUCCAGCCACCGCAGGCACAGGCAACCCGGUGCUGAGGCCCAGUGCAUCUAUGAGCUCACCAGUGAGCAGAGGAUGCUGAUGCAGCAAGGGGCGAUCAGGCUUGAAAGGAAUGUUUACAUACAGCCAGACACGGCUGAGGCAGGGCUGGACUUUGAAUACUCAGCGUUGCUCGUGGCCAGCCCUAAGGCAACGCAGAAUGGCAUCAAGAGAGGUUCAUGCAGGAGCGUGCUGCGGGAAGGCUGUUCAUAUGAAGUGUGGGCGGGCAUGCUCCCUGGGAAGGGCAAGGGCUGGGGCGUCAUUGCCAUGGAGCCCAUUCCUCGUGGGCAUUGCAUCUUUGAAUAUGCAGGAGAGCUGCAGACAGAAGAGGAAAUGCAGCACUGCGCGAGCGAACGUCACCACACAAAGUACGUCUUCGAUGUGGACGCGAGGACGUCUCAAAAGGACUUCCGCAGCCUUUCCUCUUCUGACAGAGGCCAACUGACAUGUAUUGAUGCGCAGAGGAAGGGCAACAUCAGCCGCUUCGUCAACCACAGCUGCGACCCUUGCAUGGAGGUGCGCAAGAUGACUCGCAGGACGGCGAGGGUGUUCAAGAGCGAGGGCGGCGUCCCGCGCAUCCUGUUCCAGAGCCUCUGCGACAUCGUCCCGGGGCAGGAGCUGACGGUGGACUACUUCCCUGACUUGAGCAGGGAGCAGCUGGAGAGGUGCGAGCACAAGACGCCCUGCCUGUGCGGCUCGGACAAGUGCAAGGGCUGGGUGGUGACCAUGGACCUUGGUGACAGGGGCGCCCGCGAUGGGGAGGCCUCUGAAGGGGGCACAUCUGAUGGCGAGUCGCAAUAG